GCUAACUAGGGGACAACUCAGCGACUGGAAGUCUCCAAUCAUCAAUAUUUUUAACGCAUCACAUGUUCUGAAUCAAUCAUUGUUGAAUGAUAAAACUCUUUGCCACCCGAAAUCGGAUCUUCUUCCACACUUAAUCACAUUGCACUUCCCAUCUUCCUUACGCUUGAAUGAGGCAUCACUGUGUGUCGAUACAGCCAUAUUUCGGAAUUUCAACUUCCCUACACCCAAGCAUUGUGUUGCUCCCUGGGUCAAGAUGGUACAGAAAAUCCCUAUUCAACGCCUGAGGCGCGAAAGGCGUGAAAAUGAAGGGCAACAGCGUACAACUCGAGCCUGCGACACCUGCCGACAACGAAAAAUGAAAUGUGACGGCAAUCGGCCUAUGUGCGCUCAGUGCCAGGCCCAGGGUCUGGCGACAUGUGCUUAUUCCGAAGUGAAAGCUGUUAAAGUGCAGAGGCAACUAGAGUCAGCGAACCUGAAAAUUAAAGCCUACGAGGAAUUGCUUAAGGAUAUUUCCCAUCGGAUCGGGGGGUUCCUUGCGAAACGAAUCGCCAGCGUCCUAAACGACCCUUCUGCAAAACAGAGUGAGCAUCGAAACAAUGCCUUUGAUGCCUCAUCCUCGUCGUCGAUCGGUUCUCUGGAUGAUAUCGGUACCGUGAGUGAAGAUCUCAAUCGGAGCGAAGAAAGCAGGGCUACGGGGUACAUGGGGAAGAACUCCGAAGUUACGUGGAUGCAACGGUUGGAGUUUGGCACAACAAGACAGAGGGAGGAUUCUUUGGAGACCCCUCCACAAUACCUGCUUCGUGGUGACGACUCCAUCGCCUCCAUGAAUUACCGUCUCGAUCAUGACCGUCUCUCCGAUCCAGAAGUGAGAAAUGCUUUCGUCCUACCACCAAAAGCCUUGGCAGACCAGUUAUUCCAGAUUUAUUUCGACAAGGUCCAUCAUUCCAUGCCUAUCAUUCGACAGAAUUUGUUCAUGGAACAGUACAACCGCCUGUUCUCAGGAAGCCCCAUAAAUCCCGGGAGAAAAUGGUUGGCUAUUUUUAACAUGGUCCUUACGAUUAGCAGUAGAUUCUGCCGACACUCCAAACAAGGUGCACGGGGUUAUUCUGAUGAGAACAUGUUCUUUGCGCGAGCGAAAUCCCUCAGCAUUUCAGAGAAUGUCCUCUACGACCAUGAGGAUCUGCAACAAGUGCAGGCCGAGGCUCUUAUGGGGUUUUACUUCCUGGCUGUGUCACAAAUUAACAGAUCAUGGAAAAUGAUCGGAAUUGCCGCACGUUCGGGCAUCGCAUUAGGACUCAACCUCCGACGAACGAGCAACAAAUUUGAUUCAGAAUCAAGCGAGUCACGGAAAAGGCUGUGGUGGUCGAUCUUUCAUCUAGAACAUCUGCUCUCUGUCAUGACGGGCCGGGUAUCCUGCCUUGGGGAUGGUUCCUGCUCUGCACCUCCACCGCUGCCCACAGGAAUUUUGGAGUAUGGGGUACCUGGUGUCAGUCAGUUUGGCAAUGAACCAUUGGCCCAGGGCUGUGGCAUCCAGUGGACUAUUUGUCAGCGCCACGAACAGAUUGAAGCACAACAGGCGUGCCUGAAAUCUGUUGCAUCCAGUCCAUCUCUCUACUUCUUCUAUCUAGUAGAUCUGUCUUUGAUCAUGCACGCCAUCACCAAUCGAGUGUAUAGUACUGACGUAUUUCAAGAUGGUUGGGCUCAGAUCAAGAGUCGCAUUGGCGUCUACAGUGAGAAGAUGGACCAAUGGUUGUCUGGCUUACACGCUUCCUUGGCCUUUGAAGACAUUCAUGGUAAUACAUUCCCCAGGAGUAACUCAUGUUACCAAGUCUCGUUGGCGUUGCACUAUUACAGCGCCCGGAUUGUCCUUAACCGGCCUUGCCUCACACGCCCACAAAUUGAUUCGAAGAGCGGCAUUAGGUUUCCCCAUUCACAGUUUCAUAACAACACUGCUUUAGCAUGCCUCCGUGCGUCCUUAGCGCUCAUCAAUAUUCUGCCAGAUCAGACAGAAACGGGGUGGGUCUAUAACACCACCUCAUGGUGGAGUUUCCUCCAUUUCUUGAUGCAGGCCACUAUAAUUAUGCUUAUACAUAUGUCUGUUGGCUCAGUGCCAACGAGGGCUGAGAAGGGUGCGAAUGUCGAGACUGGUGAGGGCGCUGUUGGGAUUUCUGAAUCGCCUGAAAUUGUUCUUGCUGCGACAAAGAAAGCCCUCCACUGGCUGCAUUGCCUUGGGGGGUCUGAUGAGGCCGCUCGUCGGGCUUUCCAUAUUUGCAAUAACUACCUUCACCGUAUAGCCCCGAGCAAGGGCCUGGAUCUCAGUGGAAUACCCUCCAAUAUCGGUCUAUCUCAGACGUUCGGCACUGCCGAUUACCCGCCAGGAGAGACAAGCAGUUCCACACCUCAGCAACAGAAUCAGAGCAACAGCGCACCCCAGCAUGCACAAUCAACGGCCUUUCGGGGUUUCGACUACAAUGAACGAGAUGAUAUGCUGUUCCAAGAACCAGAAGAGACACAGGCAUCUCUAGACAGUAUACAGAGUUCCUCUGCGGUGCUUGACACUGAUAUAGACAUGUCAGAGACUAUCUCCUACCCAACCAACGCAAAUCUUGAUGACAUAUUAUUUCUAUUGGGGUCCAAUAUAUAAUCGCUUUCUCACUAGGUUAUCUAGUCUAGACAUGAAUAGCAUUCAUUUUAUCUAUUUUACGUACUAGCUAUCGAGCCCAUGACAGAAUACAAUUUUACAGGUUUCAC